UGGGGCAAUCUCGAGACCAUUAUGCGGACAAGACUAGUGUAUUAACUUCUAGAGGUUUUACAUACAGUUUAAGUACGUUUUGUCUUUGUAUCUGAUCCGAACAAGUGAAUUAUUUGAAGAUUUUGUCCGCAAACUAUUCAGUCUUGCGAAGACGAGUCUAUAAUAACAAAGGAACCGAAAAUCUUAGUUGGAGUCUUGAAUCUUUUUUUAGUAUCCUACAAACUGGCAAUGGAAGAUUCGGACACGAAAGCAAUUCUUCCCGAAGAUACUCUAUCGUCUGUAGACGACGAAAUACGGAUAAAUGACACAUUUUGUAAUAACGAGGAGGUUGAGAAUAAGGGACACAUUUGCUAUAGACGGCCGCCGUUCGCUUGCCCGCUUUCGGUUUCUGUUGAACCCGUAUUGUUCUUAUCGAUGUUCUCGCUGUCACUUCAGUGGCCGCUGUCGACGCAGUACCUAUGGGACCGCAUCAGUGAAGACGUAGGUUACAACGGAACAAAAGGAGGGGGAUGUGCCAACACUUCUGGGCCCCCAGACCCACUUCAAAAGGAGGUAGAGACCCUGACAGCCCACUGGAACCUGUACAUCAACUUGGGAGGAUUUGCAGUGGGGCUGUUUGUGGUGACUCUGCUUGGCUCCUGGAGUGACCAGGGGGGCCGUCGGCCCGUGCUCAUCCUGCCCAGCCUGGGUCUGGCCCUGCAGGCUGGGGUCUACCUGCUGGUCAUGUACCUCAAGCUGCCCGUGGCCUGGUUCCUCCUGGGCAGGCUGCUCUCGGGCCUCUCAGGUGACUUCAACACCAUCCUGGCAGGCUGCUUUGCCUAUGUGGCUGACACCAGCGACAGGGGCUCCCGGACCUUCAGGGUGGCAGUGCUGGAGGCCUGUCUGGGACUGGCUGGCAUGCUGGCCAGUAUCAUAGGGGGGCAGUGGCGUCGGGCACAAGGGUACAUUAACCCAUUCUGGCUGGUGCUGGCCACUAACCUGGCUGCUGCCCUCUAUGCCUACCUGUUUGUACCCGAGUCCGUCACCCCUGACCCCAGUGCCAAACUCUUUACCACCCGUCACCACCGUGCCGUCUACCGCCUCUACUCUGCACUAGGCGAACCCACCGAGGUCGGCAGUUACACAAAAUGGAGGAGGUACAAACUGUGGCUCUACAUCUUCUGCUUCUUCCUGGUGGUGACGGUCCACUUUGGCAGCCGCGAGCUGUUUGUUCUAUAUGAGCUGAGCUCUCCGCUGUGCUGGGGCCCAGAGCUGAUUGGCUGGGGGUCUGCAGCUCAGAACCUGGCCUACCUCAGCAGCCUUCUGGGGUUGAGGACCUUGCAGCGAUGCCUAGAGGACUCCUGGGUGUCUCUGGUGGGACUGGCCUCAAACAUGACCGGCCUGGUGGUCAUCUCACUGGCCAACACUACGGAACUCAUGUUCACAGGCUAUGGGCUGUGCUUCCUCUACAUGGUAGCCACUCCAGUCCUCAGGGCCAAGCUGUCCAAGCUGGUGGGGCCUGAAGAACAAGGUGCGUUGUUUGCGUCGGUGGCCUGUGUGGAAGGGCUGUGUUCCCUGGUGGCCAGCAGCCUCUUUAACUCUCUCUACCCAGCCACCCUGCACAUCAUGAAGGGAUUCCCCUUCCUGUUCGGAGCCCUCCUCCUCCUCAUCCCCACAGGGAUCAUUGGGAUAGUUGAGUGUCGGGAUCAGAGGACAGACAGAAGAGAAGACUCUGCAACAUCCUGACACUGACAGACAGACAGACAGACAGACAGACAGACAGACAGACAGAUGGGUAGUAGAUAAACUUCCUCACAUCACAGCGUGAGCCUGGAAGGCCACAGCCUCUACUGCCCUACAUACACCUUUUUACCAGUGUGCUGGAGAGGUAGCUGACUGUCAUUAGACCACACAGAUUUUGGAUUCCGUGGCUUCAACACCAAAAGACCAAGACCAAAAACCUGGAAUCAUCCGCCAACCCACCAUAUCAGACAUCACUGUGCACUACGUCAUCUGAGACUAGAAGAGAAAGAGGUCUGAGUUCUCUGUUGUAUGAACUGAAAACCUAAUGUGAGCUGACAUACAAUUGUGGUCAAAUAAUACCCACAGUACUAUAUCAAACUAUCCAAGGGCAGGCAGAAAAUACAUGAAAUUCAAUAACAGUGCAUCUCAAUGUCACCAUAGCAUGCGAGCAGCAGAUAGAUCGACUUUAGCCCAACUUGUCCAGACUCAACCAUUAGUAUCUCUGAACAAAACGAGACCCAUCCGCUUCUAACAGCAGUCAGGGAGUACUGAGUUACACUGCUUACAGUUUACUGUCAUCCCUCCAUUCAACAGAUAACCCAGUCUAACCCCUUAAGUGCCCUAACACAGCAACCCUGUCACCCCUCCAUACUAUACAAUAGAUAGGCAAGUAAGUGUGUGUGUGUGUGUGUGUGUGUGCCAGUGUGCCAAUAGAUGGCCUAGUCUAAACUCCCUGCUCCCUAAAGUGUUCUCACAUAGCAACACAUGAUAACCCCCCAGCACAAGGCCAAAGCUAGCUCACACACACCACACACACUGUCCUGGGUUCAACCCUGAGUAGCACAGGGGGCAACCAGAUAUCUUCUAACACAUUUAAAAGGAUGCAACAGAAACGGAGGGGUUGCGGACAGGGGGAGAGUUGAAGCAUUACUGUCACUCAGUAUUUGGGUGAUAUAUUUUGAUUUGCUGUUAGGGAGAAGUAAGGCCUGUGAUAUGCCUACUGGCUUUCUGUCUUCUGAAAUCAUGUAACCAAUGUGUUCAAUGCACUGACUGGAAGUUGCUUUGGAUAAGAGUUUCUGCUCAGUAUUGUGAAUUGAUUUUAAUGUCUGCACCGUACAGUAUUACUGAUUUUUAAAUACUGUGAAUGAUAUUUAUCAUCUUUAGAAAAUGGUACGAAUGAAUGAUUGAAUCAUGCCAAUGAUAUAUUUGACACUUAAAGUUAAGUGGCUUCUUAUGAAAUAUUAUUGCCUCAUAAAACAUUUAUAGCAUCUUGUAGAUGCUGAUGUGGAAAGCCAAUUAUAUAUUUGAUAACAUUUAAUUGGCUUCUUAUGAAAUGUUAUUGCCUUAUAAAACAUUUAUAGCACCUUGUAGAUGCAGAAGUGGAACAUAUGAAACUCUACAAUAAAUAAAGCAAGCCACAAAAGGUCAUGGUAUAUGAUGAGUGUUUCACAACUAAAGGCCUUCUGCCUCAUGUCUUACUGAUUUAGUAUACAGUUUCAUAAUACCAUUGAAUCCAUUAGCUGCUAUGAAUAUGUUCAUAAUAAUAAUAAGGCAAUAUAACGCGUCAUAAGAAUCCAUUUCAAGUACAGUGUUGCACUGUAUUUUAAUGCACAGAAAGAUUCACAGAUUUACUGUAUCCUUUUUGUUGCGGCACUAUAUUGUAAAAUGACAACAAUGCCUAAAUCUUGAAGUCCAACAUGUCUAUGUAUACAGUAUUUAGUCAACAUACCUAUAUUAAGAGCAACACAUAUAUUAAGGCAACAGGGGAAAUAGCCCAGAAGAGCCAUCAAAUCAGUGUCAAGAUAUACCUAGCAGUGCUGAGAGCAAAUACGGAAGCUUGGGACUGAGGUGACAUUUUUUGUUUUCCUUCCCCCCACACUGUUUAGUACUGUGUGUACACAUAAGUAUCUACUGUACAUCACUAACAGAUAUGAAUCCACAAAACCAACACCUCACUAAUAACCUAAUAAUUCCAUGUUUAAAGUAAAGUGUUAGCAUUCCACUUCAUUUAAUUAUAAAUACAAUAACUUGGUGAUUUUAUCACUUCUGUGCUCAUUUUGCAACACUUACAUUUAAAUUUACAUUCUACAUUGUGACAUUAAUUCAUUGAUAUCAUGAACAACUCCUUCAUGUAUGUAUUUUCCAAUGUUUGAUCAGAGAUCUUUUAUCAGAGUAUCUCUUGUCACAUUGAUCACAGCUAUGAGGUUUAAACUGAUAAUCAGAAACUGCAUGAUUGUUUUGUUAGAUGUUUUUCGGAUCAUGUCACAGAUAAUAGUAUAGACCUCAAAUGAUUUAGACAGGGGUGGUGCAUGCUGGUCUAAAAAAGAUCCUCAAUGUGAGCCAUGUAUACAGUAUUUAGCGCUGCCCUCAAUGUGAUAUCAUUUAUCUACUGAAUUGCUUCUAUCCAAUAAAUACAAGCCAGUGAACUAAG